GAAUUUUUAUCGUGUUACGUUGCUUUCGAAGAAUUUCUGACGUUUCUUUCGGCAGCACAUGGGUAAUGUAAAAACCAUUUAAAGAGAUUAAAACAUUAUUUCCCAACCGCAAUUUCCGUAAACAUUCAGUGAAAGUGUGUUCAAACGAUUUAUUUUUACAACGGGAUCAUUCGUGUUAUGUAGUAAAAGAUGUGUGAGGUUAGGUUAACGGAAAAAUGUACUACAGUCGCGUUGCGGUAUCGUUUCGUCUUCAAGCGAAACGAAAACGGAGAUCCCACGUUGGAAUAUCUUCCUCACGCCGUUAAAAAAUUAGAAAUUCCCUCAACACCUCCGCCAGAAGAAGAACAAAAAGAGGAAGAAGUUGAAAUCGAAGAAGUCGACGUUAAAUACCUCAGAAGUUUGGAUCCUAAAGAAUGGAAGAAACAAGAUCAUUAUAAAGUUUUGGGUUUAGAAAAUGCUCGUAUUAAAGCUAGUGAUGAGAUCAUUAAAACUGCUUAUAGAAAAAUGGUUUUAAAGCAUCAUCCGGAUAAAAGAAAAGCUCAAGGUGAAGAGAUUAGGACGGAUGAUGAUUAUUUUACUUGUAUUACAAUGGCUUAUGAAACUUUGGGUAAUUCUAUUAAGAGGCGAUCUUAUGAUUCUGUCGAUCCCGAAUUUGACGAUUCUUUACCUUUACAAAGUGAUAUUAAACAAGAUUUCUUCAAAACGUUAUCGUUUUAUUUUGAUCUAAAUUCGCGAUGGUGCGAAAAAAAACAUGUUCCUAAAUUGGGAGAUUUAGAUUCGCCACGAGAAAAAGUGGAGUAUUUUUAUUCAUUUUGGUAUGACUUUAAAUCCUGGAGAGAAUAUUCUUACGAAGAUGAAGAGGAUAAAGAUAAAUGUCAAGAUAGGGAAGAAAGGAGAUAUGUAGAUAAAAUAAAUAAAGCAGAACGCUUAAGAAAAAAGAAGGAAGAAAUGGCGCGGAUAAGAUCUUUAGUUGAUUUAGCUUAUAAUGCUGAUCCAAGAAUAGCAAAGUUUAAACAAGAGGAUAAAGAUAAAAAGUUAGCUGCUAAAAAAGCACGCCAGACUGCUGCUCAACAAAAGAAAGAGGAGGAGGAAAAGUUAUUGCGUGAAGCUAAAUUAGCAAAAGAAAAAGCUGAAGCUGAAGAAAAAGCUAAAAUUGAAGCCAAAAGGCUGGAACGUGAAGCUCAAAAGAAAGCUUUGAAAAAAGAGAGAAAAAUAUUUAGGGAUACUUGUAAAAGUAGCAAUUAUUUCUCAGAAAAAGAAUCGGAACGUAUUAACAAUAUGAUGGCUGUUGAUCAAAUUUGCGAAGUCUUCUCCGCCCUUGAAUUAGCCGAAUUAAACAAAAAUUUAAAAAACAACGGAAAACAAGCCUUCGCAAAAGCAAUGAGUGAAUCUCAAGCGCGCAUCGAAGAAGAGAAAAAAUCCGUUUUAGAAACAUACACGCAAAAAGUAACGGAACAACUUCAAAACACCAACAUUGCAAAUCCAGAAUGGACAAACGAUAACUUACAACUUUUAAUAAAAGCCGUCAAUUUAUUUCCCGCGGGAACUAAUCAACGUUGGGACGUUGUAGCUAACUUUUUAAACCAACACGGUACUUUUACCGAAAACACAAGAAAAUUUAAUUCAAAAAUGGUAUUGGCAAAAGCAAAAGAUUUACAAAGUACGGAUUUCUCAAAAAAUAACUUAAAAGAAGCCGCGAAUAAACAAGCGUUUGAUAAUUUGAAGAAGGAAAAACGAAAUGUGGUUGUAACAGCUGAUGAAUCAAAAAAAAUUGAUGAUGAGAAAAUUGCGAUAAACGGCGGAAUGACUAAUGGGGAACUAAAACAAGUUGAUAAACCUUGGACAACUCAGGAACAACAAUUACUUGAACAAGCGUUAAAAACUUAUCCGGCGAGCACGCAAGAACGUUGGGAUAAAAUAGCCGAUUGCGUACCUGGACGUACCAAAAAAGACUGUAUGAAAAGAUACAAGGAACUUGUUGAGAUCAUCAAGGCGAAAAAAGCUGCCCAAACGGCCGGCGGGGCGACCAAAUAACGCAUGCUAUUUUUAGUCCUUAUCAAAUUGUUGAAACUGUAAAACCAGUUUAUUAAGUUUAAUUUACGAGAUAUUUAUUCUUCACUCUCUUAUAAA